AUGCACCUCCCAACUCUCUUGGCGGCCGCCCUGGCCUUCACAGCCCCCACCUCCGCCUGGCUCACCUACUCACUCCAACGCGUCUCCAAUCCCACACCCGACCAACAAGACGCCUACAACCGCAUCACCGCAGCCAUGGACAAGGCCGUGGCACGCUACAACCGUCUCGCCCCGCGAGCAAACAAAUACAUCACCGUGCAAUACGUGCCCAGCGUGCAAACCGCCGAUGGCAACAUCAACGGCAACAUCCGCUUCGGCUCGAAUCGUGCCUACAUGAACGAGCGAACUGCGCUGCACGAGAUCAGUCAUACCCUGGGUGUCGGCACACACGCAUCCUUCGAUAGGAAGUGUGCUGCGCAGGACUGGCCUAAUGCAUUGAGACUGCUGAGGAGCUGGGAUGGACAGAAUGCUAAGAUCAACUGCGGUGGUGGGCAUUUCUGGCCGUAUGGGUUGAAUUAUGAUAAUGAGUUCAGCGAGACGAAUGCGGAUCGGCAUUGCUUAAUCGUGGAUGCUAUGAUUCAGGAUGGGUUGGGGAGGUGA